AUGCAUCAACCAUGGUUCGCCGAAAACGAGGUCAACAUGACAUGCGAAAGCCUCUGGAGGCUCUGUCAGGCAAAGCCCGAUUUGGUUGUCCGGUUCCAUGCGUGGUUCGACGUGUUCACUAGGACACAGGGUGAGAUAGAUUACUCCUGGUGUACAACCAAUGGUCCAUUGAUCAGUAGGAUUGUUCCAAAUGGGAACCUCCAUGGCGCGUCGAUGGAAUGGUGGAAGGUCCUUACCGAUGGAACGGACCGUUUCCACACUCCCAGCCCUUCGCUAUCUAUGACGACACGCUUCAUGAACGAUAGCGAAGAGGUCGAAGACGGGAGUGAUUUUGAAGACGAUGUGGAUAUAGAAAACAACCAAGAGGACUAUCACUAUCAGGACGACAGCGACGGGUACUUUGAUCUAGAAAGUUCCGUGGAUGCUACUGGAAUUGCUAUCUCGAAUGGAGCAGCGGUUCCAAGACAUAGUGACACAGCAGUGGUGACAGCGCCUCUCUUCACCCUUUUACCAAAAAAACCGAGGCAAAUGAAGAUAUUGUAA